GUCGCAGCGGCAUAGAGCCUCCUAUCCAACGUUGGUUUAUGAGUGGAGGCGUCGCAUGGUACAAAUCAUCCAAGGUUCAACACUUUGCUAAUGGACACAGCUUCACACCUGAGUGUGGUCAUAGAUCUGUCUCCGACGCAAUGGCAUCUCUCCUCGGAGGCCGCGAAAGGAGAUUCUCGGCCACUGUCGCUGGAAUUCUUCUUCUCACAGUUGCUGGUGUUCUUGAAUUCCCACAUUGCGUGCAAAGAUGAAAACACCCUUGCAGUAUUCGGUGCUUUACCCGGGCGCAGCGUGCUCCUGUUCUCAUCUGCCAACGAGGCGAAAGAACACCGCGAGGACCUUGCAGAUGCGAACGCGUAUCUUCCCUUCAAGACUCUCGACUCUACCGUCAUGAAAUCCAUCUCGGACCAUAUCGACAGCUUAGGUGUUUCAGACGUGGAAGCACCGACCGGCCUCGUGGGUGCCCUAACGAAGGCACUGUGUCAUAUCAACUGUUCAACCGCGACGGCAUCCACACAGCCUAACGCGCAAGCAACAUCACUGGACCCACGGAUAUUGAUUCUGUCGGUGUCCCCGGACCAAUCCUCCUCGUAUAUACCGGUCAUGAACUCCAUUUUCUCCGCACAGAAGCUGAAAGUGACCAUAGAUGUUUGCAAAUUGUUUGGUUCCGAAAGCGUGUUCUUACAGCAGGCGGCACAUUUGACCGGCGGAUCCUAUAUUUACCUUGAUCGGCCGGAUGCUUUACUUCAGUAUCUGACAAUGUCAUUCCUACCCCCACCGGCCAUCCGCCAGCUGCUCUCCGUACCCACUCAAGACAAAAUCGAUUUCAGGGCAGCCUGUUUUUGCCACAAGAGAAUCAUCGACAUUGGCUUUGUCUGCUCCGUCUGCCUAUCAAUAUUUUGUCAGCCCGUCCCCGUUUGCUCCACAUGCCGCACAAAAUUCCCCAUAAAGACCCUCCAGCGCCUGAACGCCGCCCGUCCCCCGGCGAACGUCCCAAAGUCUGCCGCUCCAACCCGGACACUUCCUUCGACGAAUAACAUCAGGGCACCUGCCACCAACGGAAGCGGGACGGUACCAGUGCCACCACGAUGACGGAUGUCUAUCGUCCUGAUACGUGUAGUCAGCGCUCCUUCACCUAACUCACAAGACAUUGCAUUACGAACUGGACGGUGAGGACUUUUUCACUUUUCUUCAACGCAGAGUUGGUGCGGUCGCAUGUACGAUCAGAUGUUAGCUGUCCCAUCAAGAAGCAUGUAAUAUAUGAUCAGGCGCGAAGCCCUCUGGGGAGACGU